AUGUCCAGUACGAAUGGGUCCAAUGGCAGCGGUAUCUUUGCUACUGGAAAGAAUAGCAACCGUGUUACAGGUGGAGGACCCGAUCCUGCAAAUAUGAAAAACUACAACACUUUUCUCGCGGCAGAUCCUAGCGUGCGAUCAUUGAUGCAAACAUCGGAAGAUAUUGAGCACACACGACGCACUGUCGCAGAGUCCGAGGAGUUGGCUAAAAAUGUCCUGGUUGAUCUGGAACUACAGCGUUCUCAGCUUCACGAUAUGAAGGAACUGGUCUCUGAAACUUCAAGUAUGAUGGGUCAAGUACGUCAUCUGCUGCAGGUCAUUGCUAGCCGUUCGUAUCGAAAAAAGAUCUGUCUCUGGCUCAUCAUUAUCGCGCUCGCUGUCACGGACAUGUCCGUAUUUUAUCUAUUGUUUAUACGUUAA